UUCUGCCCCAAAAGUGUUUAUUAAUUUUCACAGCCAAGUCGAAAUUAAGCAAGAAAAAUUAAUUAGCACUAGCUAGCAUGGGAACGGAGUGUCGCACAGCGUAACGCACGCAGUGGUAGCCACAAUGCACUUGCGUCCGCGUUGCCGCGAGUGGCUGCCGUUGGCAACACAACAACUACGUCUUCGGAAUUUAGCCCGUAUAGAAGCACUUAAUAUUGAGUGUCACUUGGAAUCGAGCAUUGUGUGCGGGCGCGGAGAAGCAGAGGAGCAGGAGCAGGAGCUGCUUGUUUAUUAUACUCUGCAUGCAGAUAAGGCUAGUGAAGCAUUUUAUACCAGUGAAUCGUUACCGCAGCGUCAUCAGCAGCAAAAGUGGGCGGAAAUAUGUGCGGGCGACGACGUCUGGCGCAAAUCGAAUGCGCAAUGUGUCUGUGUUAAAGUCUGGGCGCACUAUCAGCCAACUGGCCAGCUGUCAGCGCCGGCAAAUGAGACUGAAUGUGCCACACAACAGCGCAGAGGGCUGCUGACUCAGCGGCUGGCGAAUGUGCAGUUGACACCGCAAAAGCUGACGCGACCACCAGAGCUGCUUUUUAGCUGGGGUGUUUAUUUUUCUGGUCUUAUACCGCUGUCGCCGCCGGCAAUGACGAAAUGUCGCGCCAACUGUUUGAUCUUUCAGCUAAAUGGCGAGAGCUUUACCUCACCAGCGCUUAUCAGCGAGGAAGGAUUGCACGCUCAGCUGCAUGAGCAGUAUCAACGCUAUGCUGACAAUAAUACACGUGAUGCACGCCAAAGCGAUGUAACUGGCGACAUCAACUCGCCACCAGUGAGCAGAAGCAGCAGCCCAGUGCUGAAAAUGAGCACCACACGUUUUGCACAGCUAAGCUGCCCCCGAUCGCAGUUGCGUUGCAGUUAUAACUUGGACAAUUUGCUGAUGCUGCAGCGGCGACAGCGUGACAAACGAAAGAGAUCAAGUACUGUGCAGGAGCUGAGUGUGGAGGUCGCACGUCUUAGCGUGCAUUGUAUAACACGCAAGGAGCUGAGACUGAAACCGCGCACCACCUCACUGUCCAGCUCGCCCCAUUCACAGCAGCAGUAUCAUUCCAUGGGUCGCACCCUUAGCGUGCUGCUGGCAGAGCAGCAACAGAUAGCGCCGCUAACGCUCUACAAUGCGCAGCAAUUGCUGCAACAAAUUGAAACGUUACGCUGUAAGCAACGAUUGCUGCAAACAGAACUGCAAGGCAUUAAAGUGCGCAAUGCAAGCAAGCAAAGCCGUCUGCAGCUGAUACGAGAGCAGCGUGAGGAACUACAGCAUAGAUUACACCAUCGUCGCUUACAGUUGGAGCAACAACAGCUCGAACUGCGUACACAAACUCCACAGCAGGUCACGCAACGCGACGAAAAGCGCCAAAUACUGUUGCAGUUGGAGCGACGCAUGGCUACGCUAGCGUUAGAGCUGCAGGAGAUUUAUAAUGUACGUUGUUUGGGUGCGCAGCAGUUUAGCAUUUGCGGAAUUGCCUUUCCCUACAUGGAGCAGUAUACGAGCGACCAAAGACAGGCAACCAAUGCGCAGCUAUUGGAGAAUGUUUCGCCGCUGGCGGUGAGCGCUGCUCUGGGCUAUGUUGCGCAUUUGGUGCAGAUGCUUGCGUACAUAAUGGAUCGACCACUGCGCAAUCCCAUACGCUAUGAACCGUCGCGUGCCCGUAUUGUAGAUGAAAUCAAAGAACUUACCUAUGCCACACGAGAAUUUCCCUUGUAUACGCGCUCCAUUCUGCCUUCGCAACAAACCAAAUAUGCCAUUUAUUUACUGCGUCAAAAUAUUUCGCAGCUGUGUUUCGACAUUGUUGGACACUGUGAUGUGCACAACACCUUCAACGAUCUGCUAGAGCUCUUCCAAACGCUGCGCUUCAUUGAGCAAAGUCAACAAGAUGAUCAAGUGGACCAAGGUGCUGUUGGUGCUUCCAGUAGACAUGUUAAUGGCUUAACAGCAGCAGUAGCCAAUACUCAGUUAUCAAAUUCGCACUCAUCGGUGGAUAUGAAUCAUGUGCCGUUGCCGACAACGGCAAUUGCGGCCAAAGAUGCACUUCUACAGCAACUGCUGCCUUCAGGUGUGACUCAGGCGCUAGCCAUUGAGGGCUAUGCCUCAACGCAACGCAUUUGCCGCUCUGUGGGCUCCUAUUCCGAUGGCGAGGAUGAGUUUAGGCCUAAGCUGGAACAAAGUUAUUCCAACUCCGACUCCAACAUAACACUGCAAACGGAGCGCAGAUAAAAUCAUAAACGCGUACUGCAAUAUUAUCAUAUACAA